AUGCGCCACGGUGAACCAACCCUAAACACGUUCAACCCAGUGCUAACGUACUUGAUGCGUUGCAAUUCGGACGUCACAAGCUUGCUGUCUGGUACAGCUCUCAAGGCCGUUAUCGCUUAUGUCACGGACUACAUCACGAAGAAUCCAUUGAGGACGCAUACUAUGUUUGAUGUUAUCCGUAAUGUCUUUCGCAGAAACGAAGAGUUCUUGACCGGAGAUGCGACACAGGAAGACAAGGCUCAUAAGCUGAUCGUUCAGAUAACAAAUGCAUUAACCGUCAAGCAGGAAGUCGGUGCACCAAUGGCAUCAGCAUACCUGCUAGGAUUUCCAGAUCACUACACAAACUUUACCUACAAGCCCUUCUACUGGAGAUCUUAUGUUGCUGAGGUAAAGGGUGCAUGGAGAGAAGUAGACGGUGAUAGUCUAGAUGCGGGGGCGGAAGACGAAGAGCGAGUUAUCAUCAGGAAAGGCAAGGAUGGAAAGAUCACGUCCUAUACCAGCACUCAAGACUACACUAUGCGUCCCAGUAAAUAUGAUUCUAUGACACUGUAUGAGUGGAUUGAACGGUACGUGAAAAAGCCUAUUCGAAAGCGCAAGGAGGAGCCUGAAGCUCUGCGUGACGAGGUUUCCAGAGAAGACGAAGCACAUGAAGAUAACGCGGAAGAUACAACUGAAGAAGAAGAUGCAGAUCUCGACGGAGACGAUUCAAGAGACCAGUUCUCAGAAUCCGAUGAAGAAUACGAGCCAGAAACAGACGUCGACGACCAGCCAGAAGUGAAUACCAAACUCAAAACGGACAAGAUGUUCCUGCUCGGCCAUCCGCAGCGGAAGACGCACACGGUGUCACUUCUUGAUCCAAGCAAGGCGCGUAUCCCGCAAUUCAUCGGAGGAUUGUUGCCACGUGAAGACCAGGGUAAUCUGGAGGAUUUCUACAUCGCAAUGCUUACUCUGUACAAGCCAUGGCGAAAUGGGCAAGACCUGAAGGAUGCAGAGGAAAGCUGGAAGGAAGCUCACGAAGCAUAUGAGUAUCCUGCAAGGUUCGACGUUAUAAGAAAAUUCUGCAACAUACGCUAUGAGUGCUCUGAUGCCCGGGAUGACUAUCGACAGUCUAGGAAAAAGGGUGGGGACGAGUUGUUCUUCAUGCACGGACAAUUUGCAGCCGAGGCAGAUGCCGCACAUGCUGAAAGCCAAAUAUUAGGCUACGAUGACGUCGACCUCUCCUUUGAUAUCACAGGCCCAACGACGGAUGCCGCCUUUCGAGCAGAGCAAAUGAAAUCUGACAUGGAAUCUGCUUUAAAGUCUUCCGGUUGGAAUCGUGUUGCAGAUGAGGGACGUACGGAGGGCGAGGGUAUCGAACUUAUAACUGGGGAAGACUACUCCUCAAAGGAAUGGGGUCACAUCCUCACUAGAGCGAAGGAGCAAGAGAUCAAUGAACGAACUGCAAAGAUGGAAGGGAUAGAUGUAAAUGCACCCGAGAUAUCCACAGACUACAUGGACGUUGAUGUGAUGGAGGGUGUUGAAGUGAUGCACAAGUCGUACUUCGGUAGGUAUUGUGAGGACGCCAGUCCCGAAGACCGCGAACAUAUGGAUGACACUGUCAAGAAGUUCAUGCUCAACACUGAACAGGAACGUGCGUUUAGGCUUGUAGCCAAUCACUCGCUAUUGAAAGUGAAGGAACCACUAGCCAUGCAUUUAGGCGGCAUGGGCGGAACAGGAAAAUCUCGAGUCAUCAACGCCUUGAUCGCCUUCUUUGUCCUGGUUGGCAAGUCUCACAUUUUCCUUAUUGUUGCGCCGACCGGGACUGCCGCAUCUCUGAUUGGCGGCCAGACCUACCAUUCUGUGCUUGCGUUCAACAGUCCUGGAGAGGAGGGUAAGAGCGGUCGGGUAAACACGGGGCCAAAGGCUUUGAAGUCGGUACGCGAGAGACUGAAGUUGGUUGAAUGUGCAACGCAUUGGGUCCGCUGGAGGUUCCCUUCGCUGGUAGAAGUAUGA